AUGACAAAACGCUCAUCACGCGGACUAGGUCUAGUGCUGAUCGGGCUCCGCGCUGUCUCUUUUGGUGCAGCGCACACCAGUGUUCGAUAGUGCUUUGGCAUCUUGUUCCCCGUCUUAAACAGAUCGCUUCGUGCGUGACGGGUCUCAAAAUUGACAAACGCGUAGCAGAGGUAGAACCUGCUAUAGUAAAACUGGUUUUCCGGAAGUCUCCCCGUUAAAAGUGCCGCAAGGCACAGCACAACAGCACCAUGACGAUGUUGUUGCGGAGUGCGCGAUUCCAGCUUUGCAUAGGUGCUGUGCUUGAGACUGCGUUUGUCGGAGCUAAUCGCGUUGUGACAGCUGGUGCGCCUGGCGUCGUGCAGGAGGAUCCAUGCCACUGUCACUGUCCCGCAUGCCCCGACCCCAACUGGGAGGAGCCGCCUGACUGUCCGCCAGCGACGGAACCGCCGCCGCCGCCCAUGGCUGAACGGCCGACCAUGCCACCACCAGACGAACUAGCGCCGCUACCGAAAGUGCCCGCCGGGGAUUACGACGCUUUUGUGCAGGUGCACGUGCAUGAAGACAGGAAACGAGUGAGGUUUUUGGCGCCACCUUUGGAACCGAAAGAAUGCAUCUGCGACUGCCCACCAUGCGAUUACUGGCAGCCGAAAUUACCAGCGUGCACCUACAACAACGAGCGCGUGUGCAACAUGCCGGACAUCAGCGGCAACCCGGAAAUCAAGCAUUACACUUGUUUUGUGCCGCCAUCAGCGGAUAAUUGGGGGAAAGAACCAGAACCAGCACCAGUAACAGCUGUGGCGCCGACCGAUCCGUGUGACGGAGAUCCAGCACUGUAAUUUUACACUUGUUUAAGUACACGUAUCUUCCAGUAUCUAUAUGGAUUGUUGCAUUACUACAACUUAUCUCACUGAGCAAGAACUUAUUUGCUAGGGUAUCAAUACGUCAGAGGUGUAACGCCUUAUGCAGUUCACUGUAUUUACAACUUUUAUCUAUUAUCAUAAGGUUGCCCGGAGCAGCUGUGCCACCACCGGUUGAAAACAGUGCGCCGACGCUGCCGAUACCGGAAAAUGAGCCUCCACAGAUUGGUGAACAGUUCAAGCCUGUCCUUGCCCCGCUUCCGUGAGCUUCAAUGAACAGUCCUCGCCGUCUUCUUUUUUUCUAUUCUGAUGCACUACAUUCGAGGAGUUGGAAAGAUGUUGCGAUCUCUGUAUAGACGUUUCGCUCGUGGGAGCAGAAACUCUUUUCUUUUCUGUGAUCAUGAUCAUACAAUGUCGAACAAACGCCAAUCAAUCAAAUUUUGCCAAAGGAAGGCAGGGACUGAAUCAGGACCGGGUGUUGCGCCUGUGCAACCAGUUACGGAUUGCAGACAAGGAAGUCCACAUGAACAUGCUGUGGCGUCGGUGUCGGG